AGGUCGAUACCCGUUCUAUUACAUACAUCAUGAUUCUUAGUAGAUAAUACUAAUCCGAAGAGCUGGCAUGGGCUCCUUCAGCAGCUAUGUCCCACCAAGUGGAUGAAGAGACGCCUCUAUUGCGGCCUGAGGAGCAGCAUAAAAUCAAAACACCACUACCCUGGCGCCAAUUCUCCAUCAUACUUUUCUUGCAGCUCGCUGAACCUGUAUCUGCUCAGGCAAUUGCUCCGUUUGCACCUCAGCUGAUCAGAGAUCUUGGAGUGACCCAUGGCGAUGAAUCGAGGGUAGGAUAUUUCGUUGGUAUCAUGUAUUCCGUGUUCUACGUAGCUCAAGCCCUUACAACCCUUCAAUGGAACCGACUCUCUGAUCAUGUUGGUCGAAAGCCAGUCAUCUUGACCGGUCUGUUUGGUAUAUCGGUCUCCAUGUUCCUAUUUGGACUUUCAAAGACCUUCGGGGGCUUGAUACUAAGUCGUGUAUUGUGCGGAGCGCUGAAUGGCAACGGUGGUGUCAUCAGGAGUAUGAUGAUAGAUGUUACAGAUUCAAGCAACAUGGCACAGGCAUUAGGGUUUCUGCCUAUUCCAUGGAUGACCGGGAGUACACUCGGACCUCUCAUUGGCGGGUCUUUGUCCCAUCCGGCGGAUCGUUUUCCUAGACUGUUUGGGCAGUCGACAUUUCUCAAGACAUAUCCUUAUUUCUUGGCUUGCGCUGGUCCAGCAUUAUUUACCGCAUUCAUGUGGUUGGUCAUGUAUAUGCUUUUACAGGAGACGUUCGUACAUACCAAGCCACCACAGCCAGAUGGAUCAAAUUCCGAUACGGUUCAAGGUUCCCCCGACGAUUCUCAGCCCCUGCCUGUGAGCGCAUUAAUGACUCCGCGUGUUCUUAUUGCGAUGUCAAAUCACGCAACUCUGGCUCUUCUUGACAUCGCUCUGCGUACCCUGAUACCCGUGUUUUACUCUACGCCAGUAAACAUGGGUGGACUUGGCCUCGACCCUCCACGGAUUGGCAAUAUCCUUGCAGUAUUCGGUAUUGCCAAUGGUUUAUUCCAGGUGUUUUUCUUUGCUCGGCUGCAUGACCGAUUUGGCACGAAGUUGGUAUACACCUGCGGAGUCGCGUCCAGCGUACCGACCAUCAUCGCAUUCCCGAUCAUCAACAUGUUGAGCCGGACGUAUGGGAUUGAUGCCACAGUCUGGUUCGCUGUCGGCCUUCAGCUCACGAUGUCCAUCGCGUUAAAUAUGUGUUAUUCUUGCGGAUCGAUGUAUAUAGCAGCUGCAUCUCCAAAUCGUGCAUCAUUGGGCGCCACUAACGGCGUUGCUCAUACAGUCGCUGCGUGUGUACGCAUCAUUGGACCUGCAUCGGCAAUGUCGAUGUUUUCCUUUUCUGUGAGGGACCCCUAUUAUGCGUGGGCGGUGUACUAUUUUAUGAUGAUGCUGGGACUCCUUGCAAUUGGCGUGUCUUUCUUGCUGCCCCGUCAAAUGUGGACGCGUGGUAACUAGCUUUUGUCUCGGUCGUUAGCAGCGGUACAUGAUACUUGUAUCCUUGCAAGCAAUGUUACAUAUCAUAACUUCUGGCUUGCAAUGGCUGGCGUUUGUGCGCCAUUGAUCAACUUUCCAAUUUUUGAUUCAAAUUCCGCUGUUUGGUGAGUCUCAAUCGCAUGCAUAUUUGACCUUACUG